GGGAGGUCUGGUCAGGCUGGGCUGAGUCGGGUCCUGAGCGACGCGCUCCAACUACGGAUUUCGGGACGGGCUCCGGAAGUGCUGGGUCGAGACCCAAAUCGGCAUUAAAAUUAACCGAGACAAUCACGCUGCCUUGGAGCCGAGCUUGUAGCCGUGACGGCGGGGAGAAAGACAUAAAGACUUCAGAACUGGGAAAAAUAAAUGGAGAGGUUUUGAGGAUGGUCUGCAUUACAGCAGGGGAGGUGCUGGAUUUCUUAAAAGGAUGAUGAACCACUUUGCACACUGAAGCCAACCCCAGACAGAUUUGGCAUUAUCAGAAGAAUGGUGGACUGUGACAGCAAUCGUGAUCCCACGUUCCAGAGCUCAUGCUGCUCUGUGAACAACAGCAUGAGGGAUAAUUGCAGCAAUCAUGGACAGUACUCCCAUACUGUGUUUGAAGAGAUGCAAGGUUACGAUGUAGAGUUUGAUCCACCAUUGGAAAAUAAAUAUGAGUGUCCAAUCUGUUUAAUGGCAUUAAGGGAGGCUGUCCAAACACCUUGUGGUCACAGGUUCUGCCGAGUCUGCAUUGUGAAAUCUAUUAGGGAUGCUGGACACAAAUGUCCAGUGGACAAUGAGAUGUUGUUGGAAGCCCAACUUUUCCCAGAUAAUUUUGCAAAACGAGAAAUUCUUUCUCUGACAGUCAAAUGUCCUAACAAGGGUUGUUACCAGAAAAUGGAACUGCGACAUUUGGAGGAUCACCAGGAGCUGUGUGAAUACGCCUUUGUCGACUGUCCGCAAUGUGAGUCUGUGCUCUGGCGAAAGGAGCUGCAGCAGCACGUGGAUUCAGACUGUCCCAAGAGACCUGUAGCUUGCGAGAAUUGUGCCAUAUUGAUGCCCUAUCUGGAGAAAAAGGAUCAUGAUCAAAGCUGUCCAUUGGCCAAUAUCACCUGUGAAUACUGUAACAUGGAGCUCAUCAGAGAACAGAUGCCUAACCAUUAUAACCUGGAUUGCCCGAAAGCCCCCGUUCCCUGCACUUUCAGUAGUUUUGGUUGCCCAGAAAAGAUGCAGAGGAACGAUCUGGCGAUGCAUUUGCAGGAUUACACGCAGGCCCACAUGCGGAUGAUGGCUCAGACGCUGCGCAGCGUAAGCACAGGACUGACUUCUCAGAUGUCUUGCAUUGACACGCUGAACUCUGAGGUGGACUUCCAGCCAGCAGUGAUGCCAGGUGUGCUUCAGGCCUCCCACUCCCACAUGCAGCCGUCUCCACAGCAGCCCAUGGCAUCUUCUGUGUCCUGUGACUGCUCGCCCCAGAUUCAAAACCUGAAGGAAACCGUCCAGCAGCUGGAGGGACGCCUGGUGCGACAGGACCACCAGAUCCGCGAGUUAGCUGCCAAGAUGGAGACGCAGAGUAACCAGAUGGUGGAGCUGAAACGCAGUGCCCGCAUGCUGGAGGAGCGCCUGGGUGAGCUGGAGGCCCAGCAGUGCAAUGGGAUUUUCAUCUGGAAGGUGGAAAACUUCAGUGCCCACCUGCUGGCACAGGCGGAGGACCAACCCGUGGUGCUCCACAGCCCUGGCUUCUACACAGGCAAGCCGGGAUACAAGCUGUGCCUCCGCCUGCAUCUGCAGACACCCAGUGCCCAGCGCUGCUCCAAUUACAUUUCACUCUUUGUGCACACCAUGCAAGGUGAGUACGACAGCUACCUGCCCUGGCCCUUCCAGGGCACCAUCCGGCUCUCCAUCCUCGACCAGUCAGAGGGACCCAUCAAGCAGAACCAUGAGGAGGUCAUGGAAAGCAAGCCUGAGUUGCUGGCAUUUCAGCGGCCUGCCCUGCAGCGCAACCCCAAGGGCUUUGGCUACAUCACCUUCCUGCACCUCAAAGCCCUCAGUCAACGCACGUACGUGAAGGAUGACGUGUUGCUUGUCCGUUGUGAGGUGGUGACCCGGAUGGACCAGAACUGGGCAAGGAAAGAUGACUUCCAGCCUCGCUCAGCAGAAGGUGGCCUGUAACCACUGGCCAGAGCCAUGCUGCCACUUAAUAACAUUGUUUUAACUGGGACAGAACUGGAAUUAGUACAAUACAGCCAGCUAGCCUUGUCAACUUACAAAGAAACAGCCAUAUACUUCCUAUAGACACUGAUAUUGAAAGCAGGCUGGCUCAUAACUUGAAUUUUGGGAGUCACUGUCUAUAAUACUUGUAUCAUCGUGAUAGCUAUAGAUGGGCUGCUCCCUUUGAAUUCUACCUACUGUUUAUCAUUCACUGUAUUUUAUACAUAAUUUUAUUUUUAUAAAAGUUUGUUGAUCGUGUAUACAGAUUAGUAGAAGGAUAAGGCCACCCAGUCCCUUGAGUCUGCUUUGCCUUUCAAUUAGAUCGUAGCCGAUCUGAAUGUAAUCUCAACCCUAUAUUCUGUAAUCUCAGUUCUGUAUUUCCAGCUACCUUUGGUAAUCUUUCACCUCUUUGCUCUAUCAAGAACCCAUCUAUGUUCAUCUUAAAUAUAUUCAAGGACUAUUUUUCCACCACUCUCUUGGAAGGGAGUUCUGAAGUUGGGGGUGGGGUUAGGUGAUUCACCUUGUUUGUCUUAUUUUUAAAUAACAAUCCCUGGUUCUAGAUUCUAUCAUGAGAGAAAACUUUCCCGCAUCCUGACAAACUUUUCAGGAGUUUAUAUCCUUCGAUCAAAUUCCCUCUCGCUCUGAAGCAACAGCAAAUACAAACCUACUGUCCAAUCCUCCCUAUUCUGGGCAUCAGUCUGAUAGACCUUUUCUCUGAUGUUUCUAAUGUACAAAAGUAAACCAGAUAAACAAAAUCACCACAAAUACUCUGCAGAUGCCGGGGUCAAAGCAACACACAUAACACGCUGGAGGAACUCUGCAGGUCGGGCGGCAUUCGUGGAAAUGGUCAACGUUUUGGCCCUGACAAAGGGUCUCAGCCCGAAACAUUGACUGUUCGUUUUCAGGGAUGCUGCCCGACCUGCUGAGUUCCUCCAGCAUGUUGUGAACAAAAUCACCAAUCCCCUAUGUAAUUGGGCCAUAACCCCUCUACUUUUGUAUUCAGAAAACUAUUAAAAAUCUGUAGUGUUCCAAAUGAUUUGCAUACUAGCCUUUAAUGAAUCAUGUAGAAGGACAUCCCGGUCCCUCUGCUGUCUCAUCAUUUAGUUAUUAUUUUUCCUGUCAAAAUGGAUAAUUUCACAUUUUCUCCAUAUGUACUCCAUUUUUCAGAUCUUUUCCUAUUCCCUUAUCUGUUUCUCUUUGUAGCCUCCUUGGGUAAUGGGUGUGUGAUUAAGCUGAGUUUGAGUCUAAUUUAUAAGAUUUAUAUUUGUGUUUUGUAUAUAAAAUGUAAAUUUAUUUUUAAUGAGGGUUAAGAUGAGGGAUAUUAACAUAGAUGAGAAGUAAAUAUGCAGGCAGUGUAUUCCUUAUUGGAAUGAACAAUCAUGAUCUAAUCUGCCUUCUGCUCUGGCCAGAAGAGACACAUCAUCCCUGACCAGUUUUUAAAAUACAUGUCGCAGUUUCAGGUCCUAUGUACUGUACCUUAAGGCCCAUGUCAAGCUGUUAGGCAAUUGUUAUGAGGCCGUGUCAUUUUCCUGAUUUCUUGAGGUUUUUCUUUCCUCCAUGCAGUAAUUUACCCUUGAAAGUUUCUCUCCUGGUAUAGUUCCUAUUGCUGUGCUAAGUAACUUCCUCAGUAUUUUUUAAUUCAGUCCAGUGUGAUUAUUGAUGCAAGGCCAAAAUCGAUGGCCUUUUCCGAGUUGCUCUUGAUGAUAGUGGUAGUUCGAGGCAAUGUGGUGAAUACUGGGUUACGAAUAAUGGAGGAAGUAAUGUAUUUUUAUGUCUUCAGCCGUUUCCUUCCCCCAGGCUCCCCCAGUUUUCCAGGUUCCAGGAUGCCAAUUUCAAUUGUUGCUGCUUAAAUGGAAUUGUUAUACUAAAGAUUUGAAAGUGAAAUAAUUUUUCCUUUAUCUUGGAAGAACUGACAUUAUUCAAAGAGAAGCAUCAAAAUUUUCUCACUCUUCUGACCCUUAAUUGGAUUAAUUUGUGACUGACCUCUGACCUCUCAUUCAUUCAUUUUGAUUUUUGCCAAAGCUGCCAUAUGUAAUCUGUCAGCCAUAUUUCAACAGUGACAACCCAUUGAGAAUACGUAAUUGACUAUGAAAUGCUUUGGAACACCUUUAAGCAACUUUAGAUAAAGUUUAACACAAGGAAAUCUGCAGAUGCUGGAAAUUCAAACAACAACACACAAAAUGCUGGUGGAACACAGCAGGCCAGGCAGCAUCUAUAGGGAGAAGCACUGUUGACGUUUUGGGCCGAGACCCUUCGUCAGGACUAACUGAAAGGAG